AGGGGAGGAUUGGCUUGGAAUCCCUUGGAUUCCCAUGUGGCUGUUUCCAUCUCCAUAACCUCCUUUGGGACUUCUGGAAGGUUUUGGACUCCAAAGGCAUUCAGGUUUUAUAGUCCUGCAGAUGAGUGGAUGAGUUGCAGGAUGAACUUUAUGAAAAUAAAAGCUAAACUCUGCCCUCAGUUUGCAAACUGGGAGCCCAGCAGUGCUGAGAGGAGAAGGUGAGACCAGAAGACAGCAGGACUGUGACUGGGUGUGAGGUGUCCAGCAAUGCACAAAGUCCAGCAGAUCCUCCUGAGAGGGUGUGAUCCAGAUGGUGCUUGUGCCUUCAGUCUGAUGGAUUUAAGUAUGGAAGAGGAAUUCUAAAAGUGCUGGGAACAAAGGUGUGGGAAGACAAACCCCAAAGGGACUCUGUGGUGCUGCCUGCCUGCGAGUGACCAGAACAAAUCUCAGAAAAAAUGGAAAAAAAGGCCACAAGCAAUGAGACAGAGCCCCUGACUUCCAAGAAAGAUGUCUCAGGCUGCAGCAAAGGAGAAGACUGUAAAGAGAAUGGACUUCUGGUCAGAAACCCUAAAUCUGCCCUAAGGCUGGUGGAGGAUGGCAACAGAGUGCACCCAAGCCAGGGGGAUAAAGGGGAGGCAGCUCAGAUCUCAAAUGGUUAUUCAGGGGUUCAGAGCUCAGCUCCUUGCAAUGGAGAGGUGGAGGAUGCCCAGGGCACAGCCCCAGCAGCCACCACCACCACCACCACCACAUCCACCACCUGUGGGGCUGAAGCUCAGCAGCAGCUGAUGGAGCUGGAGGACAGGGAGACCUGGAGUAAAAAAAUUGACUUUCUCCUCUCUGUCAUUGGAUAUGCAGUGGAUCUGGGAAACGUGUGGAGAUUUCCUUAUAUCUGCUAUCAGAAUGGAGGAGGAGCAUUCCUCAUUCCUUACACAAUCAUGGCCCUCUUUGGAGGGAUUCCUCUCUUCUACAUGGAAUUAGCACUAGGGCAGUACCACAGGAAUGGCUGUAUUUCCAUUUGGAGAAAAAUAUGUCCUAUAUUCAAAGGAAUUGGCUUUGCCAUCUGUAUCAUAGAUCUUUACGUAGCCUCCUACUACAACACCAUCAUGGCUUGGGCUUUUUACUACCUCAUCUCCUCCUUCACGGCGGAGCUGCCCUGGACCAGCUGCACAAACCCCUGGAACACAGCAAACUGCACCAACUACUUCAGCAAGGACAAUGUCAGCUGGUCCCCACACUCCAUCUCUCCUGCAGAAGAAUUUUAUACCCGCCAGGUCCUGCAGGUGCACAGGUCCAAUGGGCUGGAUGACCUGGGGGGCAUCAGCUGGCAGCUGACCCUCUGCUUGUUGUUAAUCUUCACCAUUGUGUACUUCAGCAUCUGGAAAGGGGUCAAAACAUCUGGCAAGGUGGUUUGGGUGACUGCCACGUUCCCUUACAUCAUCCUCUUCAUCCUGCUCGUGAGAGGUGCAACUUUGCCUGGGGCUUGGAGAGGUGUCCUCUACUACUUGAAACCUGACUGGCAGAAACUCCUGGCCACUGAGGUUUGGGUGGAUGCAGCAGCUCAGAUUUUUUUCUCCCUGGGACCAGGUUUUGGGGUCCUGUUGGCUUAUGCCAGCUACAACAAAUUCCACAACAACUGCUACCAAGAUGCUCUGGUCACCAGCACCGUGAACUGCCUGACCAGUUUUGUGUCUGGCUUUGUCAUCUUCACCGUGCUGGGAUACAUGGCUGAGAUGAGGAAUGAAGAUGUGUCAGAGGUUGCCAAAGACACUGGACCCAGCCUGCUCUUCAUCACCUAUGCAGAGGCCAUUGCAAACAUGCCAGCUUCCACCUUCUUUGCCAUCAUCUUCUUCCUGAUGCUGCUGACGCUGGGCUUGGACAGCACGUUUGCAGGACUAGAGGGAGUGAUUACUGGAGUCCUGGAUGAAUUCCCCCACGUCUGGGGCAAACGCAGGGAAUUGUUUGUCCUUGGUCUGACCAUCGUUUGCUUUUUGGGGUCUCUGGCAACCCUGACAUUUGGAGGAGCAUAUGUGGUGAAGCUGUUUGAAGAAUAUGCCACAGGUCCAGCUGUGCUGACUGUCGUGUUCCUGGAGGCAGUGGCUGUGUCCUGGUUCUAUGGCAUCACCCAGUUUUGCAACGAUGUGAAAGAAAUGCUGGGCUCUGCCCCAGGCUGGUACUGGCGAGUUUGCUGGGUUGCAAUUAGUCCCCUCUUCCUUCUGUUCGUCACUUGCAGCUUUCUGUCCAGCCCUCCUGAGCUGAGGCUUUUUGAUUAUGAUUAUCCCUACUGGACCACAGUUGUGGGUUACUGCAUAGGAACCUCCUCCAUCAUCUUCAUUCCCAUCUACAUGAUCUAUCGCUUGGUCAUCACCCCAGGGACACUGAAGGAGCGUAUUCUGAAAAGCAUUACUCCAGAAACAGCUACAGAAAUUCCCUUUGGAGACAUCCGCAUGAACGCAGUAUAAGCUAACCUGGCUCUGGGGGAGGGAAGAGGAGCACAAAAUGUCACUUUCCCCACCCUGUCCCCACCAAGAACCACCUUUCCAGCUGAGACAACAAACAGAGUUUUCCACAGAGGCUGCACCACCGGCACCAUUGGGAAAGGCGAUGCCUCCAGCACGUUUAUCCAAGCAAUUCAAACAUCCGCUGUGCACCUGCAAGCAGGCAGAACUGAGCACUCAGUCUGGAACAUCCCUGCUCCAGGAGUGGCACCAGGUGCCUGCAGCAGCCCCUCCAGGACCAGCAAGGCAAGGCAGGAUUAGCUGUAGACCCCCAGUGUGUGGCAGUGCUCCUGUGUCUCCUCCCUCCCUGUGAUCGUUCGUACCGGGCAAUGUCGUAUUCGCUUCUAAGGUUCUCUACUUGCUUCAACUACAUGGGAAAACGCACAAAUAUUUCUGAUAGCCAUACAGUACUCGAGUAACGCAGGGGUUUAUAAACGAGGAAGGUCCCUAGGUUUGUGGUGAAGUAGACAGAGGGAGAGGAAAAAUGCUGAGCAGAACAGCUCUGCACACACAGCUGGUAGCACUGGCCUCCCUCUUGUUUCCUCUGGUUUGUAGGUAGUAAUAAUUUCUACUGUUUCUUGCAUUAAAAAAAAAAAAAAAAAUUAGAAAAACAUUUUUUGUGAUGUUUGAGGCUUCACUUUCCUUUAGACCAAAUCAAGCCACAAAAACUCAUCAUGACAAGCACUUAAGUUGCCAGCACUUACUGUACUGUUUCCAUAACCAACCAUUGUCUUGGCAAACCUAUGGAAACUACAGACCAACAGUGAAUCUUUCUGAGUUCUGAUGCCAAAAAGUGCAAUCUUAAAGAUCUCUUUCUCUGCUUCACUUCCUGUUUUUUUUUUUACAGUUAAUUUCACACCUAAAAUUUGCUGGAGCCUGUGGGAUUUUCCUCCUCUUUCCUAGUGCAGAAGUACAUUUAGAACAAUCCUUUUGGCUGGCUGACAAAAGUACAUUUACAACUACCCAAACCUACUUUGAAGGUUUAGUAGCUCACAUUCUAAUGGGACUACAUUGGGUUUUCAAGCUGAAGAAUAAAAGGAAUCUUUUUUCUUAGCAAGAAGCUGAGUAGAGUUCAGCAGGAUUGAUUCUCAUCAGAACAAAUUAUAUUAAAUUUCAGGCACACAGAUUAACCUCCAUGCCCAGAGAGAUUUCCCAAGAAAUAUCACAUUUUCUAGUGAAUUAAGUCAGCCAGGAAGCCCUGAUAGUAACACAAGCCUGCAACAGCUGAAACAUGAGAACAAUGUGCUCAUGUAUCUCAUGCUGAGAUACUGAGAGAGGAUGAAAACUCUUAGAAAUAUUUGAAGAUACAAAAAGCAAUGUAGAUUAAAAAAGCUUUUCUCUUCCUGAAUAACACAAAGAUAAAAUACAUCCAUGUUUUCAUUCUAUAAAUUCUGAACUUGAAAAGCAGUUUAGCCCUCAUUACUUUCUUGUUACAUGGUGUACUGGUUUGAGUAUCUUAUUAUGGUAAGUUCAUUUUUUAGUAUUUCUAUUUAGCUGAGUGGUUGAAAUAUUGAGAAAUUUAUUUAUUUAUACAAUUCUUUUUUUUCCCUUUUACACAUCCAUCUGAAAACAUGUAAAGUAACCAAUACUUAUCAGGUAGCUCAGCAAGUAGCCAUACCUUCAACACUGGUUUUGUAUAAAAACUACUUAUAUUGAUACCAAAUGAGCUGCACUGCAGUUACAAAGUGUUUUGAGGCAAAAAGAAAUCCUUCUCUUCAGCUCACCUUCCACUCAUCUACCAUGAGUAUAUCCUACCCUCUGUUCUGAACAGUGAAAAGAAAGUCAUGAAACUGGUAAAUUAGGACCAUCUUUGCCUUUUAAACAGAAUUAAACUGGAGUUUUAGCUGUACAGAACUAAGCAUUCCCUCCAACUUGUACAUGAUGCACCUGUAUUAAUUUAUGCAGCUGUUUAGUUACAAGUGUUGCAAGCUGAUUGUAAGUCAUCAGUAUGUGCCUUGUACUGUAAACUGUUACUGUAAUAAAUUUAAUAUUCAUAAACCAUC